UUAACAGUAACCAUUGCUCACUCACAAUAUUUGCUAAAAGAGCAUUCCAAUGGCACCGGCAAUUGAAGAAGAACAUGUUGAUUCUCUCUCAUCCAACGGUCAGAAACUCUGCAUCAAAAACUUCAUUUGGUCUAACUCAGAAUGGCCCCAAAUCAACUACGACCACUUCGACGACCGCGAUGACAUCCCUCUCAUAAGUCUCCAGAAAGAUCAAAACUGCGAGAAAGUAUGUCGUGACAUGGUAGCGGCUAGCAACAAAUGGGGGUUCUUCAAGCUGGUCGACCAUGGCGUGCCAUCGGAGAUAGUAGAGAACAUGAAGGCUCGGUUGAACGAGAUGUUCGACCUACCCAUGGAGGAGAAGCUGAAGGGAGCGAGAUCGGCGACUAUGCCACUGGGUUACUGUACUACUAAUCCAGAUUAUGGGAAGAACUUGCCGUGGGCUGAGAUAUUGCAAUUGCUUCAAUCUCCUCAACAGGUUUUGGGUUUUGCUAAGAAGGUGUUUGGGGAUCAACAUCAACCAUUUAGUGAGGCAAUGGUGGAGUACAUGGAAGCACUAGACAAGCUAGGAAUGACAAUAAUGGAGAUGUUGGCUAAUGGGUUAGGGCUUCAAAGUGAUUUCUUCACAAAGAACUUUGAAGAAAAGGACUCAACCAUGAUCAGGAUUAACAAAUACCCUCCUUGCCCCUUACCUGAAAAAUGUCUAGGUGUGGGCAGCCACACUGACCCUCACACCUUGACAAUAUUGUUGGCAGACAACGUUGGUGGUCUUCAAGUUCUCAAGGAUGACAAUCAGUGGGUUGGAAUCCGACCCAUCCCUAACUCCUUUGUCAUCAACAUUGGUGACACCCUUGAAGCAUGGACAAAUGGGAGGCUAAAGAGUGUGAUACACAGAGCAGUGGUGAACAAAGAGAAGAGCAGACUAUCAAUUGCAUAUUUCCUAAGCCCUGCACUUAGUACCAUCAUAGACAGUCCUCCAGAGCUCUUGGAGGACCCUAACACAGACCCCCCUAUAAAUAGAAAGUACGUCCCAUUCACUUGGGCUGACUUUAGGAAGGAGCUUCUCAUUCAAAAGAGGGUUAUUGGCAAAACUGCACUUAACAGAUAUCUCAUUUCUCCUUGAAUCUCUCUUUCUCUCAACAUGUGAAUGUAUAAUAAACUUAUUUCUUCUUCUACUUGUUUGGUUUGCAAGAGAAAUGCCAUGUAAUUGGAAUAAGUGUGACAUCGUGUUUGCUGUAGUUUAAAUAGGCUGCUUAUGAAUUUUUAUUUUUAUUUAGUUUGAGAUCCUAUGUUGGGUUGUUUAUUGUAAUUUCUGCUUAUAAAUAUUGAUUAUUUUGAAACUGAAAGAA